AGGAGUUUCUGAUUUUUGACUACAAUCAAAGCAGGUUCUUCACUUUGCUUUACAUGUUCUUCUUCUUUGACUGCUUGUUUUACUUGUAAGAGUCCUCUGCCACCUGAUUUUCUAGGCAGAUAUAGCCGGUCAACAUCACUGUGAGGGUGCAGUGAAUGAUGAAUGGUCAUGAGUUUUCUUGUUUUUCUGUCCAAAUUGUCCAGUUCUGCCUGUGUCUAGUUUAUAAUGCCAAUAUCUUUCAUGUCACCAAUAUGUCAAUGUCACUAAUAAGCUACAGAUUUAAUAAUGUAGCAAGAGAUUUCUUAAGUGACAUAGGAAUUCGAGAUAUGUCUGUUCUGGUUGUAGCUGCAGUCCAACUGUAAUCUUGGUUCAUAUUGUAUAUAGUUGAUAUACAAAUUACUACACAGGACUAUUGCCAUAACAUAUCUCAGAAACCAAACAUAAUGUAGUAAAAGCUAUCUUGAAGACUUCACUGCCCAAGAAAAGUGAAUUUAUUAAAAUUAAAUCUUGUAUUCCUCAUCCUACAGGAAAUAUCAAGAUACCGAAAACAGCAUGAGUAACUUUACUUCCACAUCCUCCUUUCUGUUGCUGGAAUUCUAAGAUAUGAGAGAACUACAAAUCUUAUCCUUUUUUGUCUUCCUAUCAUUCUACUUGACUGCAUCAAUAGGCCACCUUCUCAUUAUCACUGUAGUUGCAGUUGAUUCCCAUCUUCACACUCCCAUGUACUAUCUCCUAUUUAAUUUGGCCAUGUCGGACAUUGGAUCAAUUUCUGUCAUGGUGCCCAAGGCCAUGGCUAUGUCUCUUAAGAAUGAUAGGUCAAUUACUUAUGCUGGCUGUGUUGCUCAAGUUUUCUUUUUUGUUUUCUUUUCAGCCUCAGGUUAUAGUGUCCUAACUAUUAUGGCUCAUGAUCGCUAUGUUGCAAUCUGCCACCCUCUCCACUAUGAGAGAAUCAUGCACAAAGGAGCCUGCCUACAGAUGGUAGCCAUUGGGCUGAUUGCUAGUCUUAUUUAUGCCACAUUACACACCUGUGGCACCUUUGGAAAUACUUUCUGUUCCAAUAUUGUCAAUCAAUUCUUCUGUGAAAUUCCACAAUUAAUAAAGCUGUCCUGCUCAGGUUUUUCCAUAAUGGAAACUGGGGUUCUUAUCCUGUCAUUUAGUAUAGCAUUAGGGUGCCUUAUUUUCAUCAUCAGAUCAUAUGUACAGAUCUUUGUUGUUGUGCUUCGAAUUCCUUCUUCACAAGGUCAGAAAAAAGCCCUCUCCACUUGUGUUCCCCACCUCACAGUUGUCAUAAUGUUGAUAGCCAGUGGGGUCCUUGUCCAUGCAAGGUUUACUGCUGACUCUUCUAAUUUGGAUAUAGUUUUGUCCAUGGUAUAUACCAUAAUUCCUCCAAUGUCAAACCCAUUCAUAUAUAGUGUUAGAAACAAAGAGGUCAAGACUGCUUUACGAAAUCUGUUGCAUGUUGCAAUUUCCUAUAAAAACAUACUUAAAGUUGUUCUGUGA